AUGGGAAUGAUGAAGCGAAAGGCUGAAAAGCAAGCUGCUGCCCCUGUCAGCGCUGUCGCGGCGCGCAAAGCUCGGCAACAACAAGCGCAGACGGUGACCGCGCCGAAAAAUGCUCCGGCAGUUGAGCCGGCCGGCGAACCGCCGUCGAAAAAGCCGCGACGGUCUCUAGAGGGAUACGAGACGGCCGAAACGAACGGCGAAGGCCGCCGUGUCCCGCAAACCCCGGCAGCAAAGAAGCAAAAUAAUGAGCCAUUGCUGGCGGGGACAGCGACGAAGCGACAAACGAGAACCGCACGGUCCAGUAAACCUGAGACGCAAUCUCGAGUACAGGAUAUCUGCGAAAACCCCGAGGACGAAGAGUCGGAAGUGUACACUGCUGAAGGCGUGGGUGAGAUGAACGAGGAUGAUGUCGCAUCAAUUGCUGGAGAUGCGGAUGGCUAUGAAUCACCCGCGGAGCCAGCGAUAGAGCUUCAGAACUUUCCUCUGUCUAAAAUCCGGCUGAGCAAGAGUAAUAUUGUCUACAGUGAUGAUAGUACUCUUUGCAUCCGCAUCAAAGAAAAGACGAACCUCGCGGUGCUGGGCCAAUACGAUCUCUGGGUCAAAAAGGGCCUUGUUAGUUUGAUGGGAGCCAAAUUGCACCCAUCGUCCCGGUUGUUUAGGGUGUAUGCGCCAUCGACCCACUCUCUGCCGGUUAUCAAAUGCGUCUCUGGUGUGGAUGGCGAGGCAGAAAUCGAGUUGAAGUCCUGCAGCAGUGGUAUUUCACGUCUUCGAGACCUCAACCUGUUGUAUCAGAAGGUUUGGAAUGGUGGAAACACCGCUGCCGAUAAAAUCUCUCUGAAGGGGGCUCUCAAGAACUCUCGGCGGACGUUCUCGGUGCUCUAUACAUCGGCAGAUGACACCUUGAAGAGACACCUUCGGCCGCUCCAUCUCGACAAGAAAUGGAGUUCCUCGAUGAAAGCCCUAUCAAUGCGGCAAGGACGACUUCGAGCUCUGGUCUGCGGCCCCAAAGCCUCUGGGAAAUCUACGUUCAGUCGCUAUCUGCUCAACCAUGUUCUCAGUCCGGCUCCCGAGACGGAAAAUGGGUACACUAACGCCGACGGCGUCGCUUUCCUGGACCUGGAUCCAGGGCAACCAGAGUUUGCUCCUAUGGGCCAGGUAUACCUGGCCCAUCUACGCUCUCCCUUUUUCGGGCCACCAUUCACGCAUCCAUCCCUGGAUGAUUCGCCCGAUGGCGAAAUGGUGCGAGCCCACCAUAUUGGUGCGACCUCGCCAAAGGAAGACCCUGAUCACUAUGCCCUAGCCACUAUGGACCUAAUGGACCAAUAUCGCGCGCUGCUGGCGAGGUAUCCUCAGUGCCCGUUGAUUGUCAAUUAUCCAGGCUGGAUCUUCGGGCAGGGGUUAGAGGUGGCUACGUGGCUGGUGAAAUGCCUCGGUCUAUCCGAUGUGGUUUAUAUGAGCGAGAAGGGCCCUGCAGAGGUCGUGGAACCGCUAGGCCUCGCAGCCCAUGAAGCUGGAGUCACCAUGACAAUCCUGCCGUCACAGCCCACCGAUUUUGUGAGCCGGUCGAGUGCUCAAUUGCGUUCGAUGCAAAUACAGUCGUAUUUCCACAUGUCGCGUCCGACAGGUCUCAGCACCCCUCUCUGGCUGGAGACGCCUCUGUCUCUUUCAAGACCAAUUACGGUGGACUAUGCCGGUGCGCGACAGGGCAUUUUGGGGAUCAUGGUGAUGGGUUCCCAGAUCAAUCUCGACCUCCUACGAGAAGUUCUCGAGGGGGCUAUUGUUGGAGUAGUCGCUGUAGAGUCACCUCAUGUGAUUGCAGGCGCAGUAUCAAAUGGGGCCUCCGGAGGCGAUGACGAAGAAAAUGAGCCUGUCUCAGGCGUGGACGUUGACAUGAACUUGGAUGAGCGAGCAAUAGCUGGAUCUAGCACCAUGUCUAUUGCCGACAGCGUUACCCGGACACCACACGAAGAUCUGCCCUACCUCUUCAUCGGAUCCGGGAGCUGCACGCCACUGGACCCCAAAGCAUCCCACUGUCUUGGUCUAGCUCUCAUUCGCUCAGUGAACCCCAGCUCGCACCAGCUUGAACUCUCCACGCCUAUUCCCCAUUCGCAGCUGAGCGAGUCUCUCAAGAGCGGUUAUGGUAUCGUGCUGGUCCGCGGCCAGUUGGAUAACCCGAACUGGGCCAUCAGUGAAGAAUAUCACGCCGCCCGCGCUGCGGAGAGGCGCUAUCAGCAGUCUGUAACCCAGACGAGGAAGGGCGGAGAUGCGGGUAGCGAAAAGAAAGGCGGCGAUCUUGAACAGCACAACCAGACUCUUGCACUCCUGCGGGAGAGAGUCCGGCGGGCGAGUAGCGUGCCGUGGAUGACGGUCGUCGAAGACAACAGUCGUCGACAGCGUGAGGCUGCGGCGCGGCGCGAGAAGUCGCUGUGGAAGCUCAGGAAGAAGGCCUACCCCGGCAGCGAGAGCGAGACGGAUUGUUAG